AUGUCCAGCCUGAUUGAGCACAACUAUCCGCGAUUUCAAGACCGCGUCUUCAAGCUGCGAGACCAUUUCGGCCCUGUCCAUGUCAUCCCAGCCCAGUAUGUGGAAGCUCUGUGCAACGCACCCGAGAGCGUGCUGAGCUUCCAGCAGCUGGCACGCGAGAGAUUCUUCGCACGAUACACGCUCCUCGCCUCGCGGGUCAACCACCCGGACAACAACACGGUGAUCAAAAGCAUCCAAAAGAGCUUGUCGCAGCACCUGGGCAAAGCGGUGGCAGAGCUGCACGAUGAGUUGCGAGAGGCCCUACGGACCGACAUGAGCGAGUGUACGAGCUGGACUCCAUUCACGCCCACGCAGAUGCUCAUCCCGAUCAUUGCAAAGAUGUCCGGCCGCGUCUUCAUCGGUCGGCGAAUGGGCCGGCGUCAAGAGUACCUCGACUGCAUCAUCAACUUCACCAUCGACAGCAUGACAGCGGCCGAGAUGCUGCGCCUCGUCCCGUCUUUCACCCACCCGCUGGUGCAGUGGCUCAUUCCACACACCUACCGCGCGAGAAGCAAGCUUCGAACCAUCCGCCGCCUUCUCUACCAAGAAAUUAUCACCCGGUCUCGCGAGAGGCACCACGGCUCACUGUAUCAAGACAUGCUCGUGUGGAACAUCCGUAAUUCGCCGCCUGCAAGGGCCGCAGACAUGACUUACCAGGCACACAAUCAGCUGCUGGUCAGCACGGCGGCCAUCCACACCACCAACAUGCAGCUGACCCACGUGCUGUUCGACUUGGCUGCCCACCCGGAAUAUGUCGACCCGCUCCGUGAAGAGGUCGACGCUGUCAUGCGGACUGAGAAGGAGAAAGAGAAAGACGGUCGACUGGGCAUGUUGGCCCUGUCGAAGCUGCGCAAGCUCGACAGCUUCCUCAAAGAGUCCCAGCGCAUGAACCCUCUGGGGCUGCUGACUUUCGAGCGCAAGGUCAUGUCGAAUCUGACCCUGCCCAACGGCCAGACCAUCCUCAAGGGCAGCUAUAUCGGCGUGCCCACCAGUGCCAUCGCAAAGGACCCCGCCAUCUUCCCCGAUCCGGAGAAAUUCGACGGCUUCAGGUUUGAAAGGCUGCGUGCCGAGCCUGGCUCCGAAGCCAAACAUCAGUUGGUCUCGACCGGGCCCGACGCGCUGUAUUUCGGGCAUGGGAAGCACGCUUGUCCUGGCAGAUUCCUGGCCGCGAUCGAGAUGAAGCUGAUCUUGAUCGAGCUGAUCUCUCGUUACGAUUUCAAGAUGCCGCAUGGAGAGACGCGCCCGAGGAAUAUCGAACUGAACUCGGGCGUCAUACCAGACCCACAGAAAAAGAUCCUCUUGCGCAGGAGAGAUGCAGUGACUACAGUCUAG